CGCUGGAGCAGCGAGAAUGUGGUGGUGGAGUUCCGGGACUCGCAGACUCGCCUGCCUAUUCCCUUUACUUAACUGCCGGGCAACUGCUAUGUCAGUGGAUUGUCUUGGACAGCAUGCGGUGCUCUCUGGCCGUCGUUUCCUCUACAUAGUUAACCUGGAUGUGCCGACGGAAGGUCACCGCAAGAUCUCCCGUCAGAGCAAAUGGGACAUUGGGGCCGUGCAGUGGAAUCCACAUGACAGCUAUGCACACUACUUUGCAGCUUCGAGCAACCAGCGAGUUGACCUGUAUAAAUGGAAAGAUGGUAACGGGGAAGUUGGCACGUCACUGCAAGGGCAUACGCGUGUGAUCAGUGAUUUAGACUGGGCCGUGUUCGAGCCAGAUCUGCUGGUCACCAGUUCUGUUGACACGUAUAUCUACGUUUGGGAUAUCAAGGACACCAGGAAACCUACAGUCUCACUCUCUGCAGUUGCUGGAGCCUCCCAGGUCAAAUGGAACAAGAAAAACGCCAACUGUUUAGCAACCAGCCAUGAUGGGGAUGUCCGUAUCUGGGACAAGCGGAAACCCAGCACUGCAGUGGAGUACUUGGCAGCGCAUCUCUCUAAAAUCCAUGGCCUGGAUUGGCAUCCGGACAACGAGUACAUCCUGGCCACUUCCAGCCAGGACAACUCUGUCAGGUUCUGGGAUUACCGUCAGCCUCGGAAGUAUCUCAAUAUACUCCCCUGCCAGGUUCCAGUCUGGAAGGCGAGAUACACGCCUUUCAGCAAUGGAUUGGUGACCGUAAUGGUUCCCCAGCUGCGGCGAGAGAACAGCCUUCUCCUUUGGAACACCUUUGACCUGAACACGCCGGUUCACACCUUCGUGGGACACGACGAUGUGGUGCUGGAGUUCCAGUGGAGAAAGCAGAAAGAAGGCUCCAAGGACUACCAGCUGGUCACGUGGUCUCGUGACCAGACGCUGCGGAUGUGGCGGGUUGACUCCCAGCUGCAGAGGCUGUGCGCUAAUGAUAUCUUGGACGGGGUUGACGAACUCAUUGAUGGGAUUGCCCUCCUGCCUGAGCCGGAUAAGACCCUCCACACCCAGGACUCUGAACCCCAGCAUAGCUCCGGGCAUGCAGACGAGGACGCUUUAAAGGAAGACUUCCAGAACGACCUCCUGGUGGGAAGAAAAUCAGACCAGCUGGGGUUGCCGCAGACCCUGCAGCAGGAGUUUUCCCUGAUCAACGUGCAGAUCCGAAACGUCAAUGUGGAGAUGGACGCUGUGAAUCGUAGCUGCACAGUGUCUGUGCACUGUGGCAACCAGAGAGUCAAGAUGCGGGUGAUGUUCCCUGUGCAGUAUCCCAAUAAUGCUGCACCCUCCUUCCAGUUUGCCCCCACUACCACUAUCAGCUCCACAAUGAAGGCAAAGCUGCUGAAGAUUUUGAACGACACUUCCCUGCAGAAGGUGAAGCGGAACCAGAGCUGCCUGGAGCCUUGCCUGCGUCAGCUGGUCUCCUACCUGGAGUCCGUUGUGAACCAGGAGGACAGCACCUCCAGCAACCCCUAUGCUCUGACAAACACCGUAACACCACCGUUGCCCACCUUCGCCCGAGUAUCUAAUGCCUACGGCUCCUACCAGGAUUCCAACAUCCCAUUUCCACGGACCUCUGGAGCCAGGUUCUGUGGUGCAGGUUACCUGGUAUAUUUCACAAGACCCAUGACAAUGCACCGUGCAGUCUCUCCUACAGAACCUACUCCCAGAUCUCUGUCAGCUUUAUCGGCCUAUCACAGCGGCCUGAUCACACCGAUGAAGAUCCGUACGGAGACCCCAGGCAAUCUGCGCUUGUACAGUGGGAGUCCCACCCGCAGUGAGAAGGAGCAGGUCUCCAUCAGCUCCUUCUACUACAAGGAGAGGAAAUCAAGGAGAUGGAAAAGCAAGCGUGAGGGGACAGAUGCCAACAACCGACCUAUUAAAGCUGCUGGCAAAGUCAUCAUACAGGAUAUCUCCUGCCUGCUUCCUGUGCACAAAUCGCUAGGGGAACAGUACAUUCUGAACGUCAGUAACAUUCAGGAGACCUGCCAGAAGAAUGCCUCCUCAGCCCUGACAGUUGGACGUAGGGAUCUCGUCCAGGUGUGGUCACUGGCUACGGUAGCCACGGAUCUCUGUCUUGGACCGAAGACUGACCCAGAUUUGGAGACACCCUGGGCCCAACAUCCAUUUGGACGUCAGCUCCUGGAGUCCCUGCUGGCUCACUACUGUCAGCUCCAUGAUGUUCAGACCCUGGCCAUGCUCUGCAGUGUGUUUGAGGCGCAGUCCAGGCUGCAGGGGUGCGUGAGUUCCUCGGGACCCUUCCCUCAGCGCUCCUCCAACGUGUUCUCCCACAGCCGAUACCCCAGCUUUACGUCUUCAGGCUCCUGUUCCAGCAUGUCAGACCCUGGACUCAACGCUGGAGGCUGGAACAUAGCAAGCAAAGAGACAGAGCACACAUUCACCCCCUGGUGCGAGUCUUCGCCUGACGACCUCCGCUACGGAAACCUGACGUAUGCCGACCACCGGGAGCGCGAGAGAGAUCAACAUGACAAGAACAAAAGGCUCCUGGACCCUGCCAACACUCAGCAGUUUGAUGACUUCAAGAAAUGCUACGGGGAAAUCCUUUAUCGCUGGGGUCUGCGAGAGAAACGAGCUGAGGUUCUGAAGUUCGUUUCCUGUCCUCCCGACCCGCACAAGGGAAUCGAGUUUGGGGUGUACUGCAGUCACUGCCGCAGCGAGGUGCGGGGCACCCAGUGUGCCAUCUGCAAGGGCUUCACUUUCCAGUGUGCCAUCUGCCAUGUGGCAGUGCGAGGCUCCUCCAAUUUCUGUCUGACCUGCGGACAUGGAGGACACACCAGUCACAUGAUGGAGUGGUUUCGCACUCAGGAAGUGUGCCCCACCGGCUGCGGAUGCCACUGCCUGCUUGAGAGCACAUUCUGAGCACAGUCAGCGAGAGCAGAGAGCAUCCCUAGUAUGGGAUCUAAUACUUAUUCCUAAACCACGGUCAGUCAGCUUCUCUCCACAGUAUCUACAGAGGAUGCCUACGGCGCCUGAAGCAGGGUUUACUUGCACUGGUAUUACCAAAUGCUUCCAGUCUUCCAACAGCUUCCCAGGUGGCUCCAAGUAGAAGUGGCCAAACUCUCUGUGCCAUUGCUGGUAAUGGAUGUUGUUCUGGGAAAAUCAGGCUCUGCUAUAAAGGAUACAUGACUGGUGGCUCGUCUCCAUGAGGCUGAAAGGAAUGUGUGAAAGUUCCUUUGGAGUGUCUUUCCAAGGGCCUCCUGGCAGGAAGACGACCGGUCAAGAGAUCAAGUCACAUGACAAAGACAAUCCUCUUAGUUAAGUUAAGGUGAAAUUAGUUUCCAGACAGGAGUGGAGUUCCAAGCUUAACUCAGUCUUCGAACAGCAAAUAGACAAUGGGCCAUUGGAGCCAGGGGAGACUUUUUAAAUGUUUUUCUGAACUGCCAUUUCUUGGCCUAAUAAAAUUCUGUUAAUCACACAAAACAAAAGGAUCAAGCUACCUUUUAAAAGAUCGUUUCCUAGUUUCCUAUUCAGUUGGUCAAUAACUGUAGAUGGUAUAAAAAGCUCCCUCCCCCAGCCCAGUGCACGAGAAUCACUUGUUUCUUUCUGGAGAUUUAAAACACAUUACUCUUGGGCGGGGGUGGGGGGGAGGAAUGGGGGUGUCCUUUUUGUUUGUUUGUUUUUGUUCUGACUGGGUGGAACAAUUCACUUUAACCUCUUGUCAGUGACACAGCCUGUUGACUGGACAAAGGACUGCUGCUUAUCUGGGUCUUGAAUCAACUCUGUCUCCAUGGAAUGAUGUUUCUGCCUCUGGCGGUCUGGGAUCUGCUGUGAUGGGUGGGUUCACUGUGUGAAUAGGUCAGUUAACGUGGUUGAGAGACUAGGUUUGCAGAAACAACAAGGAGUGUGGUGGCACCUUAAAGACUAACAGAUUUAUUUGGGCAUAAGCUUUCGUGAGUAAAAACCUCACUUCUUCGGAUGCAUAGAGUGAAAAUUACAGAUGCAGGCAUUAUAUACUGACACAUGGAGAGCAGGGAGUUACUUCGCAAGUGGAGAACCAGUGUUGACUAGGUUUGCAGAGAGCAGCAUGGCAGUGAUUUUGUGGAGUGGGGGUUGUGUGUCUCCUAUGAAAUUGUGAGAUGUGCAGAGAUGAUACACUCAAGGCCUGAUUUUUUUUCUCAACUGCAUAUGCAUUUUCACAUAUAAACUUAUCAGCUUCCUGUGCAAAUGAAGAGGUCCCUAGCUGAUGCCUUCCUGGUGGAGAUGCUGUCAAUGUCUGUGCAGUCAUGUAAAUCAGGUAUGCAGCCUGAACCUGAUGCUUAGCUUUCUGUGUCAGUCUGACAUGCCUAGACCCAACCUUGAUCGUGGCACAGGAUUCCUUCUGCACCUACCGGGGAGGGGGGUGGGGGUAGGAACAUGUUUCUGCCUCUCUGAAACACCUUGUGUCUGAAAUCAGGCCUUGGAAAUCUUGGAAUGGAGGAAAC